AUGAAUGCAGAAAAAUUACAAAAAUCGGAGCCUAUGGAAAUUCCAAGCUUCGUGCGAAACUAUACCAAUGAGUAUAGAAUCCAGCAAAGAACCCUAGGUCCACAAAUAGCACAACAAAAACAACGAGGCGGAUUCGUUUUCACAGAAUCCAAGGCCUGUUUUCACUGGGCCUGUCAGUCAGUCGGUCGGCUUUCGCACAACCCUGGCCUGUUUUCACUGGGCCGUCGAGUCUGGUCGGCUUUCGCACAACCAAGGGCCUGUUUUCACUGGGCCUGUCAGUCAGUCGGUCGGCUUUCGCACAACCCUGGCCUGUUUUCACUGGGCCGUCGAGUCUGGAGAGCUAAUAAAGCAGACAAGCCAGCACAGAACGAAAGUACGAGGCCAAGCGCAGAAGAUCAGAGGGGCGUACCCAACCUCAACGACGUUGUGGGAGAAAUCAUCACUCUCGAGUUGGACGAGACAGAUGUGCAGGCGCUAAUCCGGGAACUUGGAGACAUUCCUACUUUUGAAUUUUUUUAA